UUCGUUGACUUCUAAAAAUCCUAUACCUUUUAGUGAAGAACCUAACCCGAAUCAAUCACAACAGCAGCGGUCAAAGAGAUUUUCCAACCGACUUAGGCACGAUGAAGUUGCAGUUGAUACUAGCCUUUCAAGCUGGUUAAUGGAAUCUGAUAAGACUCCGCCUGAUGGGAAUAGUCCAGGUUCUGUUGGGAACUCAGCCCCAAAGAAAACCGAGUCUCCAACAAGCUUUGAGGAUAGGCCAAUUUUGGGAGUAUUGACAGUAGAAGACUUGAAACAGAUGUCUAAAUCUGCGACUCCAUCUCCUAGACGAUCACCAAGGCACAGUCCAGAUGAGAUGCCUAUAAUAGGUACAGUAGGGAGUUACUGGAGGCACACAAGAGAAGCCAGAGCUGCUGACACUCGUUCACCUGGCAAAGGAACGUCAGUCACAUCCUGCACGACAUCAAGAGAGUGCAGAAAGGGCGGAAUGAACGGCCACCAUACACCAUUUCAGGCCAGGUUAGAGAGAACGCUGGACGGUGCUACGGUCCAAGUUUAGCAUAUCUACUAACCGGAGUCUAACCAGUUCUGUUCGUUCUAUUUGCUGCAAUUUCGAAGUGUGAAGUCCAAUGUUACGGUGAGAGUGUCAAAUUCUUCAAUUAAGAAGAGGAUGAGAGUCGCUUGGAUUAGAUGCUUCAAAUAUCAUGUUUUGCAGUUUUGCAAUGAGCGACCAACCAGAUCAUAUCAUAAUUAUCAGCGCAACAUCAAGCUGUAUCUAUCAAAAUACUUUGAAUGGCCAUUUUUCCACCGAAAAUUUAAAUUUUCCAU